AAUCAACAAUCAAAAGAAAACAUAGAUCAAGAUCAAGAAGAAAGAGGGAUGAUGAGCGACUUGAAUACUUCGUGUAUUUUGUGCGAGUCGAUUGCCGACGAUAAAUACCUAAUAGUCGCCAACCUAGACGAGGCCAAAUUUGCAAAUUGGUGGUUUGAGAACUUCGACGUCAAAAUAGAGAAGUCGGUGCUCCAAGACAAGUCGGGCCGAGUUUGUAAUUUUUGCAUCCAGGAUGCACGAAAUUCGAGCAAUUCAGACUCAGUCGGAAGAGAAAAUCCAAUCGACUGGUGGACAGUCGCUUCCUGUGAUUCAAGUCAGCAUCUUCAAGGGAUAAUGAAAAAGUGCGUCGUCGUCUUGGAGCGUUUGGAUGAAGAAAAAGUCGUUCCAUCUUCAGUUGCGAGCUGCUCAAGUGGGACAUCGGAAUGCACUGCCAGUAGAAAUAAAAAAAUACGAUCAACUCUGAUCGGUCAUCCUCAACACAAGAGGAGGAAAAUAAAUGAGGACCCGUGCACAAACUGUUUCAGGUAUGAAUCAAACACCCCAGCUGUGAAUGACUGUGAGGAAAGAAAAACAGAACAUUCGAAGCAGCAACACACAGAAGAUUUGGAUCAAGGUGAAGAAGAUUGCGAAAUUGAAGAGCAAGAUGACCUCGAUUCCAAGUUCGACGAUUGUGACUAUGACCCCUACGACGAUGGGGAUGAGGACUACGAUCCCGGGCCUGAUGAAAUCAGUUGUGAGGAAGACAAUGAGGUUUCUGCGGUCAACUCUACAAAUACAAAGAAAGACAGAUUACCAGAAAAGCAGGCAUGUGAUUGCUUAGAGGCAAAUAAGCGUUCACCAUCUCUUUUUCAAUCUUGCAAAUUCUGUCGAUUGGACAAAAAACAUCCGACUACCAAUACCACUGAUGGAGAAAAUAAAGACAUUGAGAAAAGCUUUGACCGGUACCCUGCAGAAUUUCGCCACCAUGUCUUCGUCUUAAAAAAAUCUCCAUAUACAUAUCGAGGACCACUGUGUGUUCUAUGCAGCCGAGUGCUGCAAUUUUGGGGAGAAAAGGACGCACGUAGCUUUUGUCUCUUUUGCGGAAAGCUCUAUGCUCGUGUCAGCAGACACUUGAAGCACAUCCACCAGGAUCAGCAAAGAGUAUCAGAUAUAAAGUCGAUAAAUGACGAGGAAAGGAGGCAAGAAGCUUUUAAGCAGUUGGCAAGGGAGGGAAAUUAUUAUAUAAAUAAUAAAGAAGCGAUGGAGACGAAAAAGGGAUUUCUGCUGCCAACCAAAAAGACCGCUGUCUUUCGUCACUACGCUGCCAUGUGGCAUUGUGACUCGUGUUACACACUCAUUGACAAGUACAAUUUUAGUCGGCAUGCAGAAUCUUGCACACAAAGGAAUGAGGACAGAGCACCCCAGCCAUUAGAAGGAUCGCAUGAAGAAUUUGUUAAUUGAAGUAAAAAUCAACAGCUAGAAUAUUUAAAAGAUAUUCUUGUGCAAAUGAGAGACCAAAAGCGUGCCAAAUUGUGCCUCCAGGACAACAACGUGAGGGAGCUCCUCAUUAAUUACUGCUACAAAAAGGGAAGACCAACUUCACACAAACAUGUCCGCGCGCUGGCUAACAUGUGCUGUCGCUUCUUGCAGCCUCUGUUUGACAUACUGAAAAUUAAUUCCACAAAUCAACUACUUGUAUCUGCCAAUGCGAAGCUAAUUUUUCAUCGCCUGGUUGAAAUGAGAGGGCUUGCUUCGAUCUGCAAGGAAUCGCAAAGCCACGUCAAUAAGAAAGAACCUUCUCCAAGCCAAAAUGUGGGAAGAUUUGAUCGAUUCGUGAAAAGACUUACUCAAUUAGUCUUGUUAAGUGCCAACAAUAAGUAUGGAUCGACAUCAAGACAAUCAAGGGAGCAUGAAUCUUUGCUGAAAAAAUUGGAUUGAUUGUAUUGUUUUCUAUUUCACGUAUUUAUUUUCUUGCAUUUCAUGUUGAUUAAAUUAUAGAAUACUGAGUAAAAUUAAAUUAAUUUUAAA